AUGGUAAUGUCCUUUUUGCAGGAUUUGGCGGUUUUACAAAAUGCAUUACUGGAUCAUUUACAGAAGAUAAGUACAAUCUCCCGAAGGGAAGAGCCCGAAGAAAGUAAGCAAAGUAUCAAAGAUAGUCUUGUAUCCAUUGAUGACAACCACGAAGGAGAGGAAGAUAUUGAGUUUGUGGAUUUGGUGAGUAUCGUAGAGAACGGAAUGUUAGAUUUCGAGUCAGUACUGAAAUGUAGUAUUGUCGAAAUGACAUACACAUACCCUGAAUUGAAAUUGCAAUGGGAAAAAAGCCCUCAAUACGAUCAGUGUGAUAAACUGCACAUCGCUAAGCUGGACAAACAAGUGGACAAGGAAAUAUAUACUCAGCUGAUCGAAGACCUGGAUUCCGUGCUGCAAUUUAUCGAUUGGUUUUACUGCUACCGACUAAAGAUCAAAGAGAUUCUACGACAACAUCACAAACGUGAUUUAGCCUGGAAUGACGAGGAAAGAGACCGCGCUAUAAAAGGUCACGCUGUGGAUUAUGACAAGCUGCAUCACGGAGCAUCGUUAUCAACAAGCUCAGAGCCUACAUUGAUGGAAAAGAAUAGCACGAGGGACAAACUCCUCAGCAAAACCAAACAACUGACCAAUAACCUAGUAAGAGGGAAUCAAAUUCUGCAGUCGGGUAUCUUGCAAAGCGACUUAAACUUGGAUGAAUUGAGAGCUCAAACCAACUCGUUGACACAAAUUGACGACAAAUACACUCAGUUCGAAACUGUUUUCAAGAAAACCGCUGAUUUGGUCAAAAUACUGGAGAAUGCCUCCCACCAAGAGAAGCGAGACGUCUACCUAUCGCUAGGAUUCCUUGUAUGCUGCAUUUCAUGGGUUCUAUGGCGUCGUAUUUUCAAGCUACCCGUCAAACUCGGGCUCUGGCUUCUGUUCAAGUUCUUCAAGGGCAUAUUGGUCACUCUCGGCCUAGUGAAAAAUUACACAGCCUCCUCAUAUUCUCCCCAAGCAUCCAAUCUUGUACUGAAUGCCCCUUUUCUAGCCACCCAGUCUACGGCCUCAGCAACCUCAAUAGAACCAUCUGCAUCUAUGUCUGCCGUCAAUAGUAUUCAACAAGCUGUUGAUGAGGCCAUGGAUAGGAUCGUCUCCCACGAUGAGCUGUGA